AUGGGUGGUGGUCAUAACAUCACUACAGCACCUACCAACCCCAUCAUCAAUACCGCAGAAUCCAUUCUUACCCUACCUCUUGUUGGAAACAAGAAGGCACUGAAGAAGUUCACUGGAGAUUACAGAGAAGUCUCAAGGUUCAUCAGACACUUUGAAAGGUUGUGCCAACAACAUGACAUCACUUCAGACCAAGACAAGUGCGAGACUAUUAGACUCUACUGCUCUACAAGUGUCGUUGAGUUUAUUGAAGGAUUGAAGUCAUUUAUUGAUGGACAGUGGGAUGCAUUAAAGAAGGAUCUAGAGAAGUACUAUGAUGCUGCUCUCUAUACUCAGCGUUUCAAGAAGAAGGAUCUUACAGAGUUUGUGAAGAAGACUAAGUACAAGCGUAUGGGAGACCUAGCAGCAUGGUGGAGAUAUGCUAGAGAUUAUAUCAAGAUUGGUGGAUGGUUAAAAGGAAAAGGUAAGAUUACUGAAGAUGAAUUGAAUACUUACUUC